AUGGACGAUCCAGAGCGAAUCGAGCGAGAUGGAGCCGCGUGCGCGCUGCGUAAUAAUCAAACGAAGCCGCCUGAAGGUUUAUACUGCGAGGGUACCUUCGACAAGUGGCUGUGCUGGCCACACACGCCAGCAAACUCCACAGUCUACGAGCACUGCCCCGAAUUUGUCCAUGGCUUCAGCCCUGAACUAAUGGCGCACAAGGAGUGCACUGAGGACGGCACGUGGUACAAGCACCCGCUUACUGGUUUACCUUGGUCAAACUACACAACUUGUGUGAAGCCGGAAGAUGAUGUCAGUGAAAUAAUCACCGUGUACGAGAUGGGCUACAGCAUAUCGCUAGUCGCACUACUUGUGUCCCUUGGUAUACUUUUCUACUUCAAAAGUCUACGGUGCGCCCGAAUCACAGUGCACAUGAAUCUCUUCGCAUCGUUCGCUGCGAAUAACGCGUUUUGGUUAGCAUGGUAUGGCCUCGUAAUGCGCUCCCCCUCAACUUUGAGCGACUCACCGGUAUGGUGUCGCCUCCUCAAUACUCUACUUCAGUAUGUACUGCUUACUAACUAUACGUGGAUGCUGUGUGAAGGGCUGUACCUUCAUACGGUGCUAGUCAGUGCAUUCGUAUCGGAACGUCGUUUGGUACGUGCGUUGCUGGUGGCAGGAUGGGUGCUACCUGUACCACCUGCUAUCAUUUAUGCCGCUCGCCGUGCCGCGGCUGGUGAGCAGUUGUGUUGGUUGGAUGAUGGUCCUCCCAGGCUGGAACUUGCCGUGCUUGUAUGCAUCGCUGUAGUUCUCAACCUUGGCUUUCUAUGCAACAUUGUCCGCGUUCUUUGUACGAAACUCCGCGCAGGUGGCGCGGCUGGUGGUGCUGCGCGUCCAUCCGCUACCGCACUCCACGCGUUACGCGCGACCUGUCUUUUAGCACCCUUACUUGGGUUGCAGUACUUAUUGACGCCUUUUCGCCCGGACCGUACGGCUAGCUGGUGGCUCGUCUACGAGUAUAUAUCAGCGAUCACAAUCUCACUGCAGGGCUUAUGCGUUGCAGUGCUCUACUGCUUUUGCAACGGUGAAGUGUUGGCCCAACUCCGGCGCCGUUGGCGGGUACUAACGUUCCGGCCUCGCGCCAACUCCACAACUAACACCACGGUGUCUUUUGUGCGGUCGGCUGCUCCGGGGGCGGGGGAGGAUAAAGUGUGA